GCUCGGGAGGGGCCGAGCGCGCUCGCCCGGCAGAGUCGCUGUGCCCUCGCUCUGCUCGCGGGCUCCGCCACCACCCCUGCCCGUCCGCACCUGCCGCGCCGCCGUCGCCGGCUCCAGAUGGGGAAGGACCAGGGCUUCUCUCGGCACUUUCGGAUCUUCAUCCCCAAGAAGCACCGGGCGCGCUUCGACGAGGUGGUGUCGCAGGGUUUGCUGGGCAAGCUGUGCCGCGCCCGGCGGGCGCAGGGCGCGCAGCGGCUGCGCCGGAGCCGCAGCGAGGAGCGGCCGGAGCGCCUCCUGGUGUCCACGCGCGCCAGCGCCGCCCCCCGCCGUCCGGACGAGCCGCCCCCGCGCAAGGCGGCCUCUCUGCUCGGCGGCCGCGCCGGCCCCGGGGGCGCGCGCAGGACGGUCCGAGUCUACAAGGGCAACAAGAGCUUCGGCUUCACGCUGCGCGGCCACGGACCUGUCUGGAUCGAGUCUGUCCUGCCUGGGAGCCCGGCUGACAAUGCUUCCCUCAAAUCGGGCGACCGGAUCCUCUUCCUCAAUGGACUGGACAUGAGGAACUGCUCCCACGACAAGGUGGUGUCCAUGCUGCAGGGCAGCGGUGCAAUGCCCACGCUGGUGGUGGAGGAGGGGCUCGUCCCAUUUGCCAGCGACUCCGACUCGAUGGAUUCCCCCAACCCGUCAUCGGCGCUCACCUCCCUGCAGUGGGUGGCGGAGAUCCUGCCGUCCAGCAUCCGAGUGCAGGGGAGGACCUUCAGCCAGCAGCUGGAGCACCUGCUCACGCCCCCCGAGCGCUAUGGGGUCUGCCGGGCCCUUGAGAGCUUCUUCCAGCACAGGAACAUCGACACACUCAUCGUCGAUGUCUACCCGGUGCUGGACACGCCCGCCAAGCAGGUCCUGUGGCAGUUCAUCUACCAGCUGCUGACUUACGAGGAGCAGGAGCUCUGCCAGGAGAAACUCGCCUGCUUCCUGGGCUACACGGCCAUGACCGCAGAGCCGGAGCCCGCACUGGACCUGGAGCCCGAGCCCGAGCCGACGCCCGAGCCGACGCCUGAGCCCCAGCCCCGGAGCUCCCUCAGGGCCUCCUCCAUGUGCCGCCGCAGCCUCCGGUCCCAGGGCCUGGAGGCCAGCCUCAGCUGUGGUCCCAGCGACUGCCCGGAGAUGCCUCUCCCUCUGAUCCCAGGCGAGCGCCAGGCGGGCGAUGGCACGUCCCUGCCCGAGACGCCCAACCCCAAGAUGAUGUCAGCGGUCUACGCAGAGCUUGAGUCCCGACUGAGCAGCAGCUUCAAAGGGAAGAUGGGGACCACCUCCAGAUCCCGUGCCUCCCCACCAGUGCCCAGCACGGCAGGCACAGCAGGGCCCAGGACCCUGUCCAACGUCUCGUGGCCCAGCGAGCAGCUCCUGCCCUCCCCCUGCUACUACCCGCUGUGCUCAGAGGGCCUGGCCUCCCCCAGCAGCUCCGAGUCUCACCCCUACGCCAGCCUGGACAGCAGCAGGGCGCCAUCCCCACAGCCGGGCCCCGGGCCUAUCCACUCCGACAGCCCCCCCAGCCCGGACCCCGGCCACCCGCCCAGCCGCAGGAAGCUCUUCACGUUCUCCCGCCCUGUGCGAAGCCGGGAUACUGACCGCUUCCUGGAUGCGCUGAGUGAGCAGCUGGGGCCCCGGGUCACCAUCGUGGAUGAUUUCCUGAGCCCCGAGAAUGACUACGAGGAGAUGAGCUUCCAUGAUGACCAGGGCAGCUUCGUCACCAACGAGAGGAGCAGUGCCAGCGAGUGCAUCAGCAGCAGUGAGGAAGGCAGCUCCCUGACCUACUCCUCCAUCUCUGACCACAUCCCCCCGCCCCCACUCAGCCCCCCGCCCCCGCCCCCCCUGCCCUUCCAUGACCCCAAGCCCAGCUCCCGCAUCGCUGAUGUUCCCCGGGGCCCCGCUCCGACGCUGGCCAAGCCCCUCACCCAACUCGGCCACCCCGUCCCUCCACCGCCGCCGCCACCCCUGCCCCCACCUGUCCCCUGUGCACCCCCCAUGCUGUCCCGGGGCCUGGGCCACCGCCGCAGUGAGACCAGCCACAUGAGCGUCAAGCGCCUGCGGUGGGAGCAGGUGGAGAACUCCGAAGGCACCAUCUGGGGACAGCUCGGGGAAGACUCUGACUAUGAUAAGCUGAGCGACAUGGUGAAAUACCUCGACCUGGAGCUGCAUUUUGGCACCCAGAAACCUGCUAAGCCAGUGCCCGGGCCUGAGCCCUUCAGGAAGAAGGAGGUGGUGGAGAUCCUGUCCCACAAGAAGGCCUACAACACCUCCAUCCUGCUGGCGCACCUGAAGCUGAGCCCGGCCGAGCUGCGGCAGGUGCUGAUGAGCAUGGAGCCCCGGCGCCUGGAGCCCGCGCACCUGGCGCAGCUGCUGCUCUUCGCGCCCGACGCCGACGAGGAGCAGCGCUACCAGGCCUUCCGCGAGGCGCCCGGCCGCCUCAGCGAGCCCGACCAGUUCGUCCUGCAGAUGCUGUCGGUUCCCGAAUACAGGACCCGCCUGCGCAGCCUCCACUUCCAGGCCACCCUCCAGGAGAAGACGGAAGAGAUCCGGGGCAGCCUGCAGUGCGUGCGCCAGGCCUCGCUCGAGCUCAAGAACAGCCGGAAGCUCGCCAAGAUCCUGGAGUUCGUGUUGGCCAUGGGCAACUAUCUCAACGAUGGACAGCCCAGAACCAACAAGACCACGGGUUUCAAGAUCAACUUCCUGACAGAGUUGAACUCCACCAAGACGGUGGACGGGAAGUCCACCUUCCUGCACAUCCUUGCCAAAUCGCUGAGCCAGCACUUCCCCGAACUCCUGGGCUUUGCUCAGGACCUGCCCACCGUGCCCUUGGCUGCCAAAGUGAACCAACGGGCCCUGACCAGUGACCUGGCUGACCUCCAUGGCACCAUUGGUGAUAUACAGGCCGCCUGCCAGAGCAUGUCCCCCUCCAGUGAGGACAGGUUUGCUGUGGUCAUGGCGUCCUUCCUGGAGACAGCCCAGCCGGUGCUGCGGGCGCUGGACGGGCUGCAGCGGGAGGCCACGGAGGAGCUGGACAAGGCCCUGGCCUUCUUCGGUGAAGAUUCCAAAGCCACCACUUCCGAGGCCUUCUUUGGCAUCUUUGCGGAGUUCAUGAGCAAGUUCGAGCGAGCGCUCAGCGACCUGCAGGCUGGGGAGGGCACGCGCAGCUCGGGGAUGGUUUCGCCCCUGGCCUGGUGACGGCGGCGGCCUCGCGUCCUCUGCGGCCGAGCGCGGAGCGGACGCCGGAGGUUGCGCCCGAGAGGGCCUCCCAGACGCCGCCGGGGUGGCCCCGAGCGGCCCCGGUGCGGGAGUGGGGCCCAGCCACCCGAGCAUCUCCAGCUACCUCAGCCGUCGAGCUGCGGCUGAGCCCGGGGCUCCGAGCGUUGGGGGCGCCGGGGGCCAGAGCCGGUGCGCCGACUCCGCCGCAUGAACCACCCGCUGCCAGGUCCCGCCGGCUUCCCGCGCUUUGUCCCCCGCUGUCCCCCUCCGCCCCCGCCCCUGGGCCUUCCAGCAAGGGCUGGCUGUGCGCGCCUUCAGUACAUCGGGAUCCCGGGGAGGGGGCGCUGCCACCAGCCGGUGGAUUUGGAAGUGGCCACGGCACUAGGGCGGCGUCUUGGCCAGAGUGUGCCAGGCCCCAAGGAAGGACGUCUGAACCUCUCCUGAUCCUGCUGCUAGUGGGCCCAGGGUCCCCGUUGCAGAGCACAGACCCCACAGACCUCGGACUCUGGAGGAGGCAGACGCCCUUGAAGGUGCCACACCAGUGGGCGUGAUAAGGCCCAGAGGUCUCUCACCCAGCCUGGCCUCCUGGGGCUACUUGGAAGAAGGCAGGCAGGCUGGAAGGAGAGCCCCAAGUACAGGGACCUGCGGGUAGAGGGGUGGGGUAGGUGAGCACCUAGCCUGGGUCUUGGAACCUGGAAGAAACUUCAGUUGGCUGCAUCCCAGAACUGAGCCAGGCAGGAGAGAAGCUGGGCAGAGAUACAGGGAAGGAUUAGGAAGACUCUAUGACAGACUGCAGCACUGAGGUUUUUAUCCCGCAGACAAACUUAAAUCCAGUUUACAAGUGGUCACUUGGAAGUGGGGCGUCUGCAAGUGGGGGGGAUGUCAAGGUGGGGCAGAGAGAACAGAGAGAUGCUGAGGUGAUGGAUGAGCAGGACGUGGAGGCUGGUUGCCAGGUUUCUCACCUGGGUGGGUGGUGAUGAUGUUCCCUGGAACAGGCCAUGUGAGCAGAGCAGGCUUAGAGGCAGUAACGCCAUCUGGGACAUACUUGGGAUCCCAGAGUCUGUUUUUGUUUUUUUGGUUUUUUUCAUUUUAUUUAUUUAUUAUAUUUUUGGGGGGUACACCAAGUUCAAUCAUCUGUUUUUAUACACAUAUCCCCGUAUUCCCUCCCUCCCUCGACUCCCCCCCACCCUCCCCGUCCCAGUCCUCUAAGGCAUCAUCCAUCCUCCGGUUGAACUCCUUUUGUUAUACAGCAACUUCCCACUGGCUAUCUGUUUUACAGUUGGUAGUAUAUAUAUGUCUGUGCUACUCUCUCACUUCGUCUCAGCUUCCCCUUCACCCCCUGCCCCCCCAAACCUUGAGUUCUCCAGUCCAUUCUCUGCAUCUGCGUCCUUGUUCUUGUCUUGUCACUCCAGAGUCUGUUUUACAUGUGUGCCUGGAGCCCCUGGUGAGGAAUGGCGAUGAAGGAGGGGGUCACCUGGAUGCUGGGAGCAGGGGGAUGCUGGGGGCAUCCUUUCCUUUCUUUGUUUCAUCCUUUCCCUUCUCCAGUCGACAAAUCCAGGGUCAGGCAGCUUCCUGUUACCUCUUCCCAUAACUCCAGAGAAGUCUGAAAUGGGCUUUAGAACCCAUCUUUUGGAUUUUUUUUCCCUCCCACUAUGAUUGAAUAGCUAGUGUUGCCCCUGGACAGUAUUUGGGACCCAUUCAGUUCUUCCCAGUCUCCCACAGGCCCCUCUUUGAGGCCACGUAUGUUCUUUCUUUGUUCCCCACUCACAGCCACCAUAUAAAAAUGUCUAAACCAAAUUGUGUAAUUUGGGGCGGGGUGGGGGAGGAAAAGUACCCAGGUGUGGCUCGGGGAGGGCAUUUCUCCCCAGCAGCUCAAGCUGGAUAAUUUCCGUGAGUUCCCAAAGCCUUUGUCUAUGAGAAACAUGUCAGAAGAUCCAUUAAAAUCCCCGCAUGAGAUCCAUAGAAAUUAGACUCCACCAGGCUAGGAAUAGGCAUGACCCUCCAGGCCCAGGUGGCCUGUAUGGCAUUUUCCCGCAAAUGAGAAACACACACCCUCUCCAGGUAGAUCCAGCCCACACCAGGGGACCCAGGUUGGCAAGCCAAUCACUAGCUGGGUUUUCUCCCUGUAAUGCCUUAUAACUGUUACCUAUUUCCCACACAAUGCUGUGUAACAAACUGUCCCAAAACUCAAUGACUUGAAACGGCAGCCACUACUGCUCUUGAGUCCAUAGAUCACCUGGGCAGUUCUGUUCUGAUCUGGGCUGGGCUCAGUGGACUCACCUGUGUGUCUAUAGUCUUCUGUGGGUCAGCUGGGCAGCUUUGCUAGUCAUGCAGGGCUCUUUUCACAUCUGGGGCCUUGGCUGGGACAGUGGAGAUGGCUUCAUGUGGUCUCUCAUCCUCCAGCCAAAUAGCCGGGACAGUUCACAUGGUAGAGGUAGGGGCCCAAGAGAGCAAGCAAAGGCACAUAAGACCCCUGGAAGCCUAACCUCAGAACUGUCACACCAUCCCUUUUGCCACAUUAUAUUGUCAAAGCAAGUGACAAGGCCAGCCCAGAUUCUAGGGGAGGGGAAUAGGCUCCCCUCUUGAUAAGAGAUGCUGCAAAACCACAUGGCAGAGGGUGUGGAUUCAGGAUCAGGUAGAGAGUCAGGGCCAUUGUUGCCAUCGGUCUAGUAUAUGUCUCCCUAGACAGUCACCCUGGUGCUCAUCCCAGCCUCCUUAGAAUGCUCAGUGGCCCCAGUCCUCCCUGGGCCCAGCACAGCUCUGAUUACCCAUCCUCAUGUGUCCUCCAGGUGCCAUGCUUUUCAUUCUCUCUUACCUAGUCACCCAUAAAUUACCUGACUUCUCUCCAGAUACACUCAGUCCAGGGGCAGCAGUGGGCUCUGCCUGGGCCUACCUAGCAACCAGUCUCCCUUCUGCUGGGGAAACCCCCUGUUUUUCCUUUGGGAAAUUAUCCCUCCUCUGCUCCCAGACCUUGAAAUGUUGCUGAUUGGAUUAAGGAUGGUCCUGUGACUCUGGCUGGAUGACUCAAAGUCAAUUUAAGACUCAAGUUAGAAGUGUUUGGAAAAGGAGGCUCCUUACUUCUGGAUGAAUUGUUGGGUGUAUAGUGGGUGAAAUCCUGGAAGGAGCUGCCAGGACCACCAUGUUGAGGGCACCUGCCUGGGUGUAAAACCAAUACAGAAGAAAAGGAGAGAAGACCACUCCAUCCAUCUCUCUGUCCCUGGAUCCAACUGUGCCUGAAGCAGACAUCCCAACUUUUCAGUUUCCAAGCCAACAAACUCCCCCGCCACUUGUGAAUUUUUUUUAAUUUCUUUUAAUUUUUUGGCUUAGGCUGGUUUGAAUGGGUUUGUCACUUGCAACACUAAGAGGGUUGACUAAUACACUCCUCAACAGAU